AUGGUCCAGCUUGUCGAGGUUGAGGAUGAGGAGUUCCAGAAGCGCCAGCCUGGCCCUGAGGAGGAGGAUGGCGAUUACACCGACACUGACUCCGAGAUCUCCAACGACUCAGACUUCGACCCUACCGCCGAGACCCUCGCGGACCGCCUCUUAGCCCUCCGCGACAUCAUCCCCCCAACCACCCGCUCCUGGUUCUACGGAAAGUACCAGACUACCCGCCGCGUCAUUACCGGCGUCCUUUUCUUCGCCGGUCGCUCCAUGUGGUCCAUCUCCGUCUCCGCCCUGCUGAUCGGUGUCCCCUUCGCCCUGUGCUGGGCAGAGGAGCAGCAGAUGAUCGCCAUGGAGCAGGAGAUGCGCCAGCGCGAGCAGGGUCAAGAUCUUCUCACCGCCGGCGGCGCGGACGGCAGCACUGCAGACAGGAUUGGAGACGCCCUCGGCAAGGAGGGCGGUGUGCAGGCGAGGCCUGCGCUGUGA